GGCGGUUUAUAAACAGCUGGAGCAGGAGAGAGGAGGACCCUGACCCAGAGGUUGAGUGGGAGUUUGGUGCUCGCUCUCACUUCACGCUGAAACUUUUUAAACUUUUAUUUUCAUUAUUUUUUUCCCGCUGCACAGCUGAAAUGUCGACCACCGGGAGCUCCCUGGCCUGUGAGGGGAUGUACUCCAAACUGAUCGACGAGGAGGGCGCGUAUGACGAUCUGAACCGGAGGCCAGAUGUGGGACUCGGCGCUCCAGCUCACCCAGUCUCCCCGGUCAUACGGAUCCCCAGGCCCAGCGGCCCCGGGCCCUACCGCCUCGCCACCAUCUGCCUGGCGACGCUGUGCGCUGUGCUGCUCAUCUCCAUCAUAGCUGUAACGGCACACUAUAAGAACAAACCUCAGAGCGGUGGCGAAGCGACGUCAGAGAAGCAGACGCAGGACGGAGACGUGUCGGCUCUGACCGCCGCCAUCAACAAACUGCAGCAGGAGAAAAGCCAGCUGCAGAAAGAGAAGGACGACCUGCUCGCCAAACUGGCCGCCAAGAUGACCACUAAAGCUCCAGAGGUGAUCAAACCGACCACGAAGGCCCCCGUCGUCUGCCCCGUGGACUGGCAUCUUUUCAACAACAGCUGUUACUUCAUCUCCAGAACCACGAGGGACUGGCCCGAGAGCAAGUCGUACUGCGAGAGCCAGGGAGGCCACCUCGCCAUCAUCCACACGGCCGAGGAGCAGACGUUUGUGUGGGAUCUUCUUCCCAGAGGCCACUGGAACGCCUUCUGGUUUGGGAUCAGUGACGAGCACACAGAGGAUCAAUGGAAAUGGGUGGAUGGCACCCCGCUGGUCGGAGGUUUUUGGGAGGAUGGCGAGCCCAACAACCACAUCAACGAGGACUGCGGCUACAUCAUUAAAACAGACGUGUUGACACGAGUGGCGACCAAGAGCUGGUACGACGCCCCCUGCACCAUGUACUGGCGCUUCAUCUGCGAGAAAGAGAUGGGCGCCGGCGCCAGCACGGCCAUCCCGCACUGAGAUGUUCACGCCGUUCUGAUGGUCUGAGGACAACGGGACACGCGGUCAGUCGUUUGUCAGCUGCACGAAGGAACGCAGCUUCAAACUUUAUUUAGCUCUGACACAGUUCAGACAGUAUGUUCAACUUCACGGGUUUACAGGAUGAACAUAAGAUGCGUUAAUUCAAAUGAACAUAUGAUUGUAUUUUUCUCUUAUGUGUAACAAAAGUAUGUUGUCCACAACACCACAGUGCCGAGGGCUAAAGCGUCCAGCGGGCUCCGUAUCGCCUCAAACCCACAAAACUUUUUGUAGCCCAACAAGAAGUCUGCAAGCUUGGAUUUUGGAUCGCACGAUUGAAUUUGCAUCAUCAUCCAAUAUCAAUCCUAUUAAUAUGGGCGAGUAGGGGCCUGCUUCACCUUCUCGCAGUUGUUAUCAGCCCAUUGAUUAAAAAUCGCUGAAAGGCAACUGCAUUAAGUUAAAAGCUACAGUUUUCCUACAAUUACACUACAAAACUACUUCUUUAAGGUAAGGCCAAAAAAUCUUCUGGUUAGGGUUGGGGUUGUAAAGGAUUGGAACAUUUUCGGUAAAUUUUCAGAAACUUUCCAUGCGAAGUUAAACUGGGGAAUUUUGUAAAUAUUCCAAAUUGGAAGCUUUUCAUGGGAAUUAUGGGGAUUUUUGUGAAUUAACUGUAAAAUGGGGGUUAUCUAAACAAACUGUAUCAUAUCCAAACAUAAAUAUAAACAUUUUGUUUUGUCAUAAGCAGACAUCCAUGCAAAUUAGUACAAUUAAAAAAAACAUGACAUUUCACAGUUUUAUUUGUAAGUAGAACUGUAUCAAGGUUGAAUUGUUGUAUUGAACAAAAACAACAAAAACAUGAAGUUAAAUAUUACUCAGCCCUCCUGACCCCACCCAUUCAAAAAUAAAUUAAAAUGUGCCCCUCUCCCUUGAAAAAGUCCCAUUCAACAUGUAAAUGAAUUGAACCUGUGAUGGAGGGAUGCAUGGUGCAUGUAGGGGGCGUGGUCACACAGGGGGCGUGGUCACACCGGGGGCGUGGUCACACCGGGGGCGUGGUCUAAGCAGUCCUGCAGUAAGCAGUGUGCUGUGUGCUUGUGCAGAUAUUCAACUGUAUAGGCAACUAGUCAAGAUAAUGCAAAAAUAUAUUUUCCCCCACUAUAUUUAAGUUCCUUGUUAAGGGUGUUUGGAACCCUAGUUAGGCAUGAUAAAAGGUAGUUUUCAAAGUUAAAUAAAUGCACAUAAAUACCUGAACUGAAGUUGUUACAAGGAUGAUGUAAGUACGGGUAAUUUCAAAUAACAUCAUCAACUUUUAUUGUUUUAUGGUCCCCUCCAACCCGUCCUAAGAGCAACUUUACGUCCUUUAUUCUCCGUUUCCCUUUCUUCCCCCUCCCCUUCACACUCUGUAGCAGUAUUCAAUGGGCUGAUAACGACCUACUGGCCUACCAGCAGGUGGAGCAGGUCUCUACUCGCCUGUAUUUACAGGCUAAUAAACCUUUCAGUUGUCUGAUAAAAUCAGAAUCGGGUAGUCAGCGGCUUUUUCUAAAACCUUGGAGGCGUACUGUGGUGGUGCUAAACGUGCAUCUGUGCCUUAAACCACAUAUAUAAUAUAAUAUUUUUACAUGCUUCUGUUUCUGUUUGUUUGUUUCAUAGAUCAGGGAUUUUUUUACAUGUGAAAUGGGUUCUUUAUAAAUAGAUAUAGUCAUAUCAACUGUACAUAAGGAAAGUGUCCUAAUAUUAAUUAUGUAUGAUUAUGAUUGUGUAAUUUUGUGUGUUUAUUUCAGAUCAGUUUUAAUUUGAUGCACUUUGAGAGUCAAAGUUUUCAUAUUUUUAUAGUUUCCCAGUUGAUUUAAGCUUUUUAUAUGCAACAUAAGUCAAAUAUCUGAAAUUGUGAAGAAAUUUCUCCUGCGAAUCCUGUAAAUAAAUAAUAACCAUAAAUGUUUAGUACCUCAGUGUCUCACCUUACUUUUUACAUUUUUCUUCACACAGCGAUUCUAACCCCACACACUUGUUUGUUAAAUUCAGUGAAUCUCCACAUGGUUUGUUCUGUGACUUUAUUAUUUAUGUUAUUUUGAUUUAUUGAUUAUAACUUUAAAAGUUGAAGUUGGUAGGUGGAGCUUAUUCCUAUUACUUCAUGUACUGUUAGUAGUUUAGUAGGUAGUUUAAUCCAUAAAAAUACAUCAUAAAUUUGUUGAUUUAUAUUUUGUAUUAAGAACCUUAACUUGUAACUAAUCAAAUAAAUGUAAUAAGUACAGUAUUUUCCUCUGAGAUGUAGUGGAGUAGAAGUAUAAAGUAGCAGAAAAUGGAAAUACUCAAGUACAUU